CUGUCUGUGGAGUUUAUGGUGCGUGAGCCGUGGUUGGAUAGGAGCCGGGUGUCAGCGCCGUGUGGACGCUCCGUGGUCCUGUCAUCAGUAAAUAUAAAGUCAGCUCUGGCUGAGCAGCAAAGCAACAGCAGAGGAACUGAAACGUUUCCCUUCACGACAAUUGACUUCACACGCAGGAUGCCAGGAUCAGCCUCCAAUAACUGCUUAGGACCCUGGCCCAAAGAUGUGGGAAUCAUCACCAUGGAGCUGUACUUCCCAUCCCAGUAUGUAGACCAGGCUGAGCUGGAGGAGUUCGAUGGCGUGACAGCUGGAAAGUACACAGUGGGACUGGGACAAGCUCGGAUGGGUUUCUGCUCGGACCGCGAGGACAUCAAUUCUCUGUGCCUCACCGUGGUCCAGAGACUAAUGGAGAGGAACAGCCUGUCCUACGACUGCAUUGGCCGGCUGGAGGUUGGCACGGAGACCAUCAUCGACAAGUCAAAAUCCGUCAAGACAGUCCUGAUGCAGCUGUUUGAGGAUUCUGGCAAUACAGAUGUGGAGGGGAUUGACACCACAAACGCUUGUUACGGUGGAACAGCUGCACUCUUCAAUGCUGUUAACUGGGUGGAGUCCAGCUCAUGGGAUGGACGCUAUGCUUUGGUUGUUGCCGGGGACAUCGCUGUUUACGCCACAGGAAGUGCUCGGCCUACAGGGGGCGCUGGUGCAGUGGCCAUGCUCAUUGGGCCUAAUGCUGCUUUGACCUUUGAAAGAGGUCUGCGGGGAACCCACAUGCAGCACGCAUAUGACUUCUACAAGCCUGACAUGGUGUCAGAGUACCCUGUAGUGGACGGCAAGCUGUCAGUUGAAUGCUACCUGAGUGCCUUGGACCGCUGCUACUCUGUGUACCGCAAUAAGAUCCACGCACAGUGGCAAAGAGAGGGUUCCGACAAGCACUUCAGCCUGGACGACUUUAACUUUUUAGUCUUCCACUCUCCGUACUGCAAGCUUGUCCAGAAGUCUGUGGCUCGACUGAUGUUGAAUGACUUUCUGAAGCACCCCAGCCCCGACACAGAGGCGGGACCUUUCGCUGGAUUCGAUGCCUUCAGAGACGUGAAGCCAGAGGAGACGUACUUUGACAGGGACGUGGAGAAGGCCUUCAUGAAGGCCAGCGCUCAGCUGUUUGAGACCAAGACCAAGGCGUCACUGCUGCUGUCCAGUCAGAAUGGAAACAUGUACACACCCUCUGUGUAUGGCUGCCUGGCUUCACUAAUAGCACAACACACAGCAUCUCAGCUGGCAGGGCAGAGGGUGGGCUUGUUCUCCUAUGGGUCAGGGUUUGCUGCAACCUUGUAUUCUCUCAGGGUCACUCAGGACCAUACGCCUGGGUCUGCACUGGACAAGCUUGUCUCCAGCUUGAGCGACCUGAGGGUCAGACUGGACUCCAGGAGAAAAAUGUCACCUGCAGCUUUUUCUGAAAUCAUGAAGCUCAGAGAGGAGACUCACCACCUGGCUAGCUACAUCCCUCGAAGCUCGGUGGAGGAUCUGUUCCCGGGGACGUGGUACCUGACCCGAGUGGAUGACAAACACCGCAGGGAGUACGCCCGCAGAGCCCUGGAUGAUGAGCUGCCGGCAGAGCCAGAGCUGGUUCGCACUGCUUCAGCCUCUGAGCACAUCCCCAGUCCAGUCAAGAAAAUGCCUCGCAUGCCUACAGCUGUGGCUGGCCCAGGGGCCACCAGCAGCAACUGACAGCGUCUGUGUCCCCUCCCACAUGGCGGGGCCCAGCAGAGUAGAACUGGACAAACAGACAGUAGCUGGGCCCAGCAGGAGGGCCGGGGGGUCCAUCAGGAGUUCUGCCUUCCACCUACCACCAAGCCCUGCUUUUCAAAGUCAUACAUUUCUUUUUAUUAUUUGGUUUUUCAAUAUUUAGAUUCUUCGGCGGUUCCUGUUUUUCAAAGUCCAUUUUCAAAUGUAUCUUUAGUUUUGCAUUGGUGCAGAAUUGAUGGUUCCAUUUGGGAGGAAAACAGACGUAUCAUGCUGCCAACACUCAGUCAACACCAUUAAAUAAACCAAAUUAUUUAUGCUACAGCUGAGUAGGAAAACAAAGGGAGCGUAGUGAAAGAUGUUGCCUUGGUGAAACAACAGGUGAUGCAGCUUAUCUUAUUCACUGUGUUCUGUGAAUUCAUUACGUUUUUUUACUGUUAAAAUUGUGCUGUUUCUAAUAUUCUGGCCUCCAUCUGGUGACGUUUGGAGCAAAACACCAGGAAGCGCUCUCUCUCUCUAAUAUAUGACAUCAUUCGUCAGCCCUUGGCUUUUAUUUAAACUUUUGUUGGCUAAGGCAGCCAUGACACCUGAACACCUGAGUGUGAUGCUGCAUGGCAAUGACACUGCUGUUAAUGUUGACCUAGCAUGGUUAUCAGCUGGGAUUUCUUCCAAAAACACAAGGAGCACCAAACAGAUCAGUAUAGGAACAUCAUUGGCCUCAGCAUCCUUAUUUCCGACUUGAUCAUUUCUCUAAUUGGAUGUUAGAGCUGUAAGUUUCCACAAAGUUUUACCAUAAUGUUUAAAAGUGUCAUUGACAUUGUCUGUGAGGCCUGCUCUGCAAUACAGUUAUGCACUGCUGGCAGCAAAGUAGCAACAGCAGGUUGGGGUCUAGCUUCUCAACAACCUUUCGGUUAAUUUAUUGGGUUUGUUUAGUAAAGCGGCUAAUUUUACUGUGAUGGACCAAUAGAGCUGUGGGUUGACAUGUUAAAAGUUUAGUCUUUGUUUCAUGUAAAAUCUAUUUGAUGCUCCCCAGCCGUCACAAACCUCUGUGCCACAAGAACCUCACACUGCUCCCUCUGCUGGACCAGAAGAAGUAUCACGGCAUCAUAUGUCAGUUUGACCACAUUUUUGAUCCUGUAAUUGACCAGAUGCUAACUAAACAGGGAAACUUUGGUUGGUGAUGCACAAGAACAGGAGAGUCACAUGAACCCAGCAGGACUGAGCAGUUGAUGCUUUGUCUGUCUGUCAGCUGCUGCAGCUAACAAAACAAACAGAUGUGGAGACAGCCUUGGAACAUGGUGCAGUAGGUGGUGGCUCUGGCUCAUGGCAGCUUGGAUACUUGAUAUUAUAAUAACUUUCUUUUAGAGAAGCCUUACAAUAAGCACCUGGGAAGUGCAAACUGUACAUAUUAUAAAGAUUUGCAUUCAAUAAUGUACAGAUCUAUUCUUUUAAACUGUAAAGUCAGUUGGUUGAGCUGUACCAGCUUCAGUAGUGUCCUGCAUUAUGGUGUGCUCUUGCUGCCUGGCUCAAAGGUCACAUGACCCUUUCCAGUGUUGAUGGUUGUACAGCAUGAAUUAUGAUUAUUUAUGUCAUGUAGAUAUGAAUGUAUUAAUGUUCCACCAGAUUCAUUAAAACAGAGACUUGUAUACACAUGUAGAGUGGGAAUAAAUGAGGAUGAAACGUG